GAACGCUGUUAUCCGCUGUAGGCAGUUGGUGAUCGCUCGCGGUGAGCUUAGUGCUUUCUACGCGAUCUGCUUUAUUUGUGAUUAUUUUAAUAAAAAAAAACAUUCGAAUUUUUUAACGCGUUUCAUAAAAGUAGUGCAGUAAUAGAUAUUUCAAUAAAAAUGUCCAUACCCAAACAGAUUAAUCCCGAUUUAGUGAAAGAACGCAAGAAUGCCACUUUCGAUGUGGAGGAACUCUCCGCCUUAAUUUAUGAUGGUGACGAUAAGUUGCAACUGAAGAGAUUAGUUGAGGAUGAACUAUAUGCAGACUUGCCCGAUCCUAUCGAGUUGGAUUAUCUAUCGUACGAAGAUGUCUACAAUCGUACAGUUGAGCAAACAGUGAGCGCAAUUAAGAAAUUAAGAGCGCUGCAAGAGAGGUUGAAUCCCGGUGGUACUGAAAUUUAUCCUGCUCUCAUGACUGGACCACCGGGUUUGACGCUGAUGCCCGGCGGUACUCCGCUAGCAGUGCACAUCCUAAUGUUCACACGAGCGCUUAAAAAUCAGGGCACACCCGAGCAAUUUGAGAAAUUCGGGCGUCGCGCAAACAAUUGUGAGAUUUUAGGUACUUAUGCGCAAACGGAGCUGGGUCACGGCACCUAUUUGCGUGGAUUGGAAACACGUGCUGACUACGAUCGCAGAACCGAUGAAUUUGUGCUGAAUACACCAACGCUGACCUCCUACAAAUGGUGGCCAGGUGGUUUGGGUAACUCCGUCAACUAUUGCAUUGUGGUGGCACAGCUGUACAUCGAUGACAAGCCAAAGGGUUUGCAAUUGUUUGUGUUGCAAGUGCGCGAUGAGCAAACGCAUAAGCCACUGCCGGGCAUUGACAUCGGUGAUAUUGGCAAGAAGAUCGGUUUGCAGGCCGUGAAUAAUGGUUAUUUGGGUUUGACGAAUGUGCGCAUACCACGCACGAAUAUGCUGAUGAAGAAUUCGAAAGUCCUGCCGGAUGGCACUUUCGUAAAGUCCCCAGUCUCGCAGUUGGCCUACUUCCCGAUGGUCUUUGUUCGUUGUAUGGUUGUGUUGGUUAAUAGUGGAUUACAUGCGAUGGCGGCGACCAUAACGACACGCUACUCGGCGGUACGGCGCCAAAGUCCUAUCAAACAGGACGCACCGGAACCGCAAGUGCUGGAUCAUGUAACGCAGCAAAUGAAAGUGGUGCCGGAGAUUGCUACAGUCAUUGCUUAUCGUUUAGCUGGUCUCAAGUUGAUUAAAAUGUAUGAGGAAACCGCAACGGCUGUCAACAGCAGCGACUACUCGCGGCUGCCGGAACUGCACGCUUUGGCUUGUACUUUGAAAGCAUCCUGCACAUACGAUUCAUCAUUCGGUAUUGAGCGAUUGCGUCUCGCCUGUGGCGGCCAUGGUUACUUGGCCUCGGCCAAUUUGGGCAACAUCUUCACCUGGGCCACAGCGGCUUGCACCUACGAGGGUGAGAAUUCGGUGUUGUAUCUACAAGUCGGUAAGAUUUUGUUGAAGACCUGGGCUGAUAUGUUGAGCGGAAAGCCGCUGAUGCCGACCAUGGCAUAUUUGGGUGAGUGCGCCAGUUGGAGCGAGUUUCCGUAUUGGACUGGCGAUUGGCAAUGCUUGGUGCAGGCGCUGCAGUAUGCGGCUACCAAUAAAACGCGCAUCGCUGGUAAUAGUUACUCCAGACGGCUGGAGAGUGGCUUGUCUUCACCGGAGGCGUUUAAUGCGACUGGUAUCGAGCUGACUCAAGCGGCUGAGCUUCAUGGACGCGCUUUUGUGGCCAACACUUUCUUCGAAGAAGUUACAAUGCAAAACAGUGGCAAACGCUCCGCAGCACUAAACAAUUUGUUGGAAAAUCUGCUCGAAUUCUAUCUGGUGCAUACGGUGCAACGGCAUAUGGCCGACAUAUUGCGUUUCAUACCGCUGACCGAAGAUCACUUGACCUCACUGCAGUUUCGCCUCGAAACGGUGCUCGCUGCGCUGCGUCCGAAUCUUGUUGCCAUUUGUGAUGCCUUCGAUUUGCACGAUAAGGUUUUGAAUUCCGUUCUAGGUUGCUAUGAUGGUAAUGUCUAUGAGCGAAUUUUUGCCGCAGCCAAGAAGAGCCCACUCAACCAGAAAGAUGUUGCCGCAUCAUUUGAGCAGCACUUGAAGCCGUUCAUGAAAUCGAAUCUAUAACAAUUGGAACUUGACACAGGGGAGAGAGAAACAUGAGAUCAGUUCGUGCGUGGUGUAGCUAACAGGAAGGUGGUUUUGGUGCUGAGAAAUAUUUACAAAAACACGUUUGUACAAUUUUGAUAUACAAAUUUAUAAAAUAAAAUUAAAUGAAUUGGAAAAUAAUCA